AUGACUCGAGACCAAUACCUCACCAUUAGAAGUAAUUUGAAGGUGACAGACGAUAAUGCUGUAACAGAGGAAACUAGAAGGAAAGAUAAGUUGUGGAAAAUAAGGCCACUUUUAGAAUGUGUAAAGAGAGCGGGAAAGCCAAAUCCUGAAGGGCUUAAAAAUUUUGUGUUGGCUGCUCCUUCAGGACUAGUCCUUGACUUUGAGAUUUAUCAUGGUAAAGGAACAUUCCCAGAUGCUAUUGGUCAACAAUUAAAACAAGGAAUAGGAGCCUCGGCAGUCCUCAGGCUUUGCCAGAGUCUUCCAGAAGGAACACAGGUGUUCUUUGAUAGAAUACUCAGAGCAGUCCAUCUGACAGCAGACAAGACUCUUGCAAAUCAAGGAUGUGGAUCUGUUGACCAGACAGUGAGAAAAGACAAACACAUUUCUAUUGUAAAAUGGUAUGUCCAAAAGCUAGUCAUAACUGCAUCGACGAAGGUUGGGAAGAACCCUAUGGAUCAAUGUAAAAGGUGGUCAAAAAAAGAUCGGAGAUACAUUCAGGUUCCCUGUCCAGCAAUCUGGGAAUUGCAAAUAGCUGGAUUCAGUACAGAAGUGACCGAAUUAAGAACGAUGAGCCAAAGAAGAAUAUUCUGCAGUACCUUGGUUUCAAAAUUAGAAUUUCUUAAGAAUGACGAGCCAAAGAAGAAUAUCCUGCAGUACCUUGAUUUCAAAAUUGGAAUUGCUGAGCAUUUGUUAAGGGGCCAAGAGGAACAACAUUCUGAUGAAGAUGAUGAGGAGUAA